UUGACGAGAGGAAACCGUAACUCCUAUUUCUUCACGACCCUGUCUCUUCUCUCUCUAAAAACCCCUCGUCUGCUCGAAGAGAGAGAGAGAGAGAGAGAGACUACGCCUAGAGAGAGGUACGAAAUGGCGUCUUUAAAGAUCAGCGCUCCGUCGAGCCAGUUCGCCGGAGCCCGCGGCCGUCUCGAUGGCGCCUCCGCGGCGAUCCGUCUGUGGCCGACCCGACGCGUGGCGAUGCCUGUGAGGGCCGGAUCGUACACCGACGAGCUUGUCCAGACCGCUAAAAUUGUUGCUUCCCCUGGACGUGGAAUCCUUGCAAUUGAUGAAUCCAAUGCUACAUGUGGCAAACGGCUGGAUUCCAUUGGUCUGGAUAAUACAGAAACUAACCGUCAAGCUUAUAGACAACUUUUGCUGACAACUCCUGGCUUGGGUGAGUACAUCUCCGGUGCCAUUCUUUUUGAAGAGACACUUUAUCAGUCUACAACUGAUGGAAAGAAGUUUGUGGAUUGCUUGUGUGAUCAGAACAUUGUGCCUGGUAUUAAAGUUGAUAAGGGAUUGGUACCUCUACCAGGAUCUAACAAUGAAUCUUGGUGCCAAGGAUUGGAUGGAUUGGCCUCAAGGAGUGCUGAGUACUACAAGCAAGGGGCACGGUUUGCUAAGUGGCGAACGGUGGUUAGCAUUCCUUGUGGUCCUUCUGCCCUGGCUGUUAAAGAGGCUGCAUGGGGACUUGCUCGAUAUGCUGCAAUUUCUCAGGAUAAUGGUCUUGUGCCAAUUGUGGAACCUGAGAUUCUUCUUGAUGGAGACCAUUCAAUUGAUAGGACACUUGAGGUAGCAGAGAAAGUAUGGGCAGAGGUUUUCUACUAUUUGGCAGAAAAUAAUGUCGUGUUUGAGGGGAUCUUAUUGAAACCCAGCAUGGUUACUCCUGGUGCUGAACACAAGGAGAAGGCAUCUCCCGAGACCAUCGCUGAAUAUACCCUUAAGAUGCUAAACAGGAGGGUACCACCUGCAGUUCCUGGCAUCAUGUUUUUGUCUGGUGGCCAAUCAGAAGUGGAAGCAACUCUAAACUUGAACGCCAUGAACCAAUCUCCUAACCCGUGGCAUGUAUCAUUCUCAUAUGCACGUGCUCUCCAGAACUCAGUCCUGAAGACUUGGAAAGGCCUCCCGGAAAAUAUUGAGGCAGCUCAGAAGGCUCUGUUGGUUCGUGCCAAGGCCAACUCCAUGGCCCAGCUUGGCCGCUACUCUGCUGAGGGUGAGGCUGAGGAGGCCAAGACCGGAAUGUUCCAGAAGGGUUACACCUACUAAAUAUCGCGAUGACAGUUUGAGAUACUUUGAUUACAAAGUAGUCAAAAAUUGGUAAGUUCUUUUUUUCGGAUUUCAAGGCUGGUAUUUUGAAAUAAGUAGCCGAAUACAGGGAGGGAGAUGAAACUUUUGCCUGCGGUUUUUGAAGAUUAAGAUGAGUUGUGUAAUAUUCAUCAGUCGUACUCUAUUAAAAUCCGUCCGAUUGGGUUUUCAAGUCUCAAGGAACCAGUUAAAGAUAAUAUGGUUGUAAACAAUAUCCUAAACUAUUUUAUAUCUUGAUAAGAUUUUCCUUUUGAUUGUUUUGUCUUAGUGUCUUGAAAAAGUAAUGAAUGCACGGAGAUGAAAACUUUUA